UCGCGGCGGAGGCCGGCCGCGCACAAAAUACCUUUUAUUUUUCCAUUACGUAUUUCGUUUCGCGUAGACUUUUGGACGGCGGUAGAACUCGGUUUGACAAAAUUGUGUUUCGGACCCUAAAAUGGAACAGAAAAACUUUCGACUGAAAAAACAAUUCGUUACAAUAAUACCGCAAUUAAGCGCAGUUCAAAUUAGGUUUUAAUUUUUUUUUUUUUUUCAAUUCUCCUCAGUUUACGCAACAGUUGAGUUCGUAUGUUUUUGUUUUUUAUCGCAAACGGAUAGAGAUAAAGAAAGAGGAUGGCGCUUGCUUCUUCUGUGAGCCUUUACUACUCCAUAGUACAACGGGCGGCAAGACAUUAUCUAGAAGACUACUGUCAUACAGAUACCACUGCACCAUACGUGCUGUACAAAGAUGGCGUGGAGCGAGCUCCCCCAGGAACACAAUGGGGAGGAACCGUUCUCGACGGUGGCUACCAGACGAUGCAACAUCAAAGUCCCGGAGGACCGUCACCGCAGCCAGAACCACAGCUCGCAUCACCGGCUCCAUCCCCGUACCCACCAGCGCCCCCACCACCCGAUCCCUCGGCAGAAGAAGCUGCGCAGUUAGUGCAGCAACAAGCCCAGCAACAGGCUCAGCAACAAGCUCAGCAACAGCAACAAACUUCUCCGGAACACAUGCAAGUUGACCAGCUCCAGAACCAAUCGCAACAGCCACAGCCACCGCAAGACCAUUUAGACCGCACUCCGUGCUUCAUUCCACAACCUGACUUACAACAACAAUACACGCCAUAUUUUAAGGAGGCGCGACCAACUAGCCACAUGCUUGGAACUGGAGGCUUUCCACUACACUACCUGAAACAAAAUGGAGGAGUGUUAUCGUUGGAAGGCCCGCUAGACCAAUACACAACGCCAGACUUGAGACAUUUACCAGACAUUGUUCAACCAGAACAACCGAAACCACGGAAGCACAAUCCGAACUCAGAACUGCGCCUAUUCAAGUGUCUUACUUGUGGAAAAGAUUUCAAGCAGAAGUCGACCCUUCUCCAACACGAGAGGAUUCAUACAGACUCAAGGCCGUAUGGGUGUCCAGAAUGCGGCAAGCGGUUCCGCCAGCAGUCCCACCUGACCCAGCACCUGCGCAUCCACGCCAACGAGAAACCGUACGCUUGCGUGUACUGCCCACGCUCGUUCCGCCAGCGGGCGAUCCUCAACCAGCACCUGCGCAUCCAUUCCGGUGAGAAGCCCUAUACGUGCGGCGAAUGCGGCAAACAUUUCCGCCAGAAGGCCAUCCUGAAUCAGCACGUCCGAACACACCAAGAUGUAUCGCCGCAUCUUAUUUUCAAGAAUGGGACUACGCCCACGCUUUGGCCCCAAGAUGUUCCAUAUCCACCCGACGAGAACAAAGAAGAAAUUCAGUCAACGUAUGGAGAUGUUGACGGCCAAAAUGGUGAACAGCGCGGAUCGUGCUUUUCUCCAGGAGAUACAGCACAGUACCCUGCAUACUUCAAGGAUACUAAAGGUCUUAAUCAUACGGUGUUUGGCCCAAGCCUAUCUCUGCAAUAUUUGAAGGGUGGUAAGCUCCCAGACGUUUUAGGCGGUCGCGCAAUGCCUCUUUAUGUGCGUUGUCCUAUUUGCCAGAAAGAAUUCAAACAAAAGUCAACAUUGCUCCAACACGGAUGUAUUCAUAUAGAAUCGCGGCCGUACCCGUGCCCAGAGUGUGGCAAACGUUUUCGCCAGCAAUCUCACUUGACUCAACACUUGCGCAUUCACACUAACGAAAAGCCUUACGGCUGUGUGUAUUGCCCACGGUUUUUCCGCCAACGCACUAUUCUCAAUCAGCAUCUCCGCAUACACACCGGUGAGAAACCCUACAAGUGUACCCAAUGUGGGAAAGAUUUCAGGCAAAAGGCUAUUUUGGACCAGCACACACGGACACACCAAGGCGAUCGACCAUUUUGUUGUCCCAUGCCCAACUGUCGGAGGCGUUUCGCCACAGAGCCAGAAGUUAAGAAGCAUAUCGAUAAUCACAUGAACCCGCACGCGGCUAAGGCUCGCCGAGCGGAUGCGAAGACUCCCCGGCCAUUGCCACCCGCGUCUGCUGUAGUGAAGCCCGAGCUUUACUUCCCUCAGUGCUACGCGCCACCUUUCCAGCAGUUUUCAACCGGCGGUCCCGAGUUCAAGCCAGCCGUAGGCCCCGGCGCGACGGUGGCGUGUCUUCCGGCCCAGUGACCCGCGCCUCCGCGGUGGCCUCCCGGGCCUCCCGCGCCGCACCACGCGCCCUCUCAUGCGCCCACUCACCACGACCUCUACGUCGACCGCCUCUAUUAAACAUUACCAAGUCAGGAGCCGCGCCCACAAGACUGGCAUUGAUGGGCGCCGGCGAAACAGUAUACGACUCGUCAAAUAUUGCGAGAUUUAAAAAAUAAUAUAUCGGAUCGCUGUAAACAUGCCUCGGUCUGUAAAUAGCGUUGUUGUUAGUCUAUGGAGCGUCUGUCGCGAAUGUACAGUUGUCAAAAGUUCACGAAAAUAGUGUUACCGUUGAUUGCGAGUAUAGAUAGUUUUUUGCCCCGUAAUAUUAAGUUACCACGUAAGAGUUAGUUUCUCUGUGAUUCACCAUCCGAUGUUGCCACCGUACGCGGUACGAACCAGAGAUUAGAAUUUAAAACUCUUCGUUGAAUUCUUAAAAUUAAGAAAUUCUCUUUUACCAGAUAACAGUAUUUCGCGAUGAAUGCUUUUGGUACGUUGUACCCGAUUAAUCAUAUUUUUAAAUAUGUUAUUUUAAAUUUAUUUACGACUGUUAGGGAUAAAAUCUGGCAAACGCAGGGUAAGAUGAAUGUAAUUAUAUUAUACGCUGAGUGAUAAAUAGUAAAAUUGCGCGUAAAAUUAAUUGGUAAUGAAUUAAAACAUCAUUUAUAAAAUAGCAAAACGUUAAACCAAAAACGUAGGUUACCUUUUGCCAUCAAAACUUUUUUUAUUAAUUCGCUUAAAUUUAGAUGAGAUUGCAAUGUCUCUAUGUAGGUGCCAAAUAAUGUAGAGUUAAACAUUUUUAUGUCCAUUUAGUAGUGUAAACAUAAUUUUCAUAAUCUUUUAGUGUCAAAUACCACAAUAGUGCAUAUAAAAGGUUAAAGUGUGCUUAUGACCUUCAUAAGCACACUUUAACCUUGUUUGUAUGGACUGUGUCGUAAACUCCCCUAUGCGAAUAGCUCUACAAGAUUUGUUCUUUGUGGAUGUUAACAAUAAAAUGGACAUCGAUAUACCAGCUUGUUUUUAGGCCUAGUUUAGGUUGUUACCAGUUUUAUCAACGAUACGAUAUGUAAUGCAUUUACGUGGAAAGGCUCAGACUGAGAAAGGACUGUGAUAGAUAGGUUAGGCGUCUAUUUCGCUCACUUUUAGCGUUUAUAUUCGAUGUGAUUGGACGACGUGUGAAUGACAAAAUUUCUUGUGUCUUAUGUUCCUUAGUUAAUCAAAAUUGCAUUUUUAUAGGCUGAUAGGCUGAUUGGCCUUUGCCUAUCGACUGAUUAUUGGUAGAAAUUUCACGAGGAAAUAGAUGAGUCGCUGAGAUAUGUAUACACGAGAGUGUUGCGAAGUUCUGUAUUGGAACUUGUUGGGAUAGGAGUUAUGCCAGACACCUUUUACUUACUUAGGUUAGAUUCUUCGAAUUACCAAGCAAUUCGAUCAUUCAUCGCGAAAUAAACACUAGCAUUUAAGGAAAAUAAAUAUAUAUCUAUUUGUUGUUGGAAUAUUCUGAUAUAGAUCGAGCCUCAUUUAUUUCACGUCCAUAUUAAAUACAGGUAUAAUAAAUCUUCAGGAAUAGAGAAGCUACUUAAUGUGUUUUUGACAGAAUUAACGAUAAACAAAUGACAUAAUUUAAAGUGUGAAGUACGCUGUCAAUAGCAUGUCAUCUAUGUAACGUUUUAUUCUGUUAAAAUGUGGUUAAAAUGUACCUUCUCUAUGGCAUUAGCAGAUUAAGUUUCAACAAAGGAAUGAUGUAUGAAAUAUAUCAUUUUUGUAUUAACACUGUCGGAGCGCUCACUUGAGUCCCAAUUAAUGACUAUAAACUUUUUUGAAUACCAGAAUAUUCCAGAACAUGACUCAUAUAUCAUCUCUGUUUGUAUCAAUAGACGACUUAUUAUAGCUUAUUUUACAAUAUUAUUGUGAUGAUUUCCUUUUUUUACCGCAAAAGGGAUGUUACGUAUAUAGAUAAGUAUUUGUGGAGGUACCAAUAUUUUGUUUCAAUCGUUUUUCACUGACCAAGUGAACACAUUGCUUUUAUAUUUUACGCAAAAGAUACACUUUCGAUGAUUAUGAAAAUUCAAUGCUCUACAAUUCUGGGAUAGGCACUUGUGUUUCAAACUAUUAUUAGUAAUAAAGGAACGAGUAAUUAGUACCACGGAUUAGAUUGUGGGUGCCUUUUUCGUAACUUCUCAAGGAUAAAAGUUUUAACGAUUAAGCGACUAAUCGUGGACAGAUCUUGGGUUAGCUCUGCAAAUGUAUAAGUUAAUGAAUGAUGUAUUCAUAUUCUGUUUGAGAGGGCCUCUUAAACAACAAGUUUAAUAAUAGCUGUGGAGGCCCUUUCAUUUACGAUCAUUAUUAGAAGUUUAAUAAAGUUAUAAAGCUUUUUUGACACUAUUAACAUUAGAACAAUAACUUACCAAGAUAUUCUUGUUAAAUUUAAGUUCAAUGUUAAUUCCGCCAAUAUUCGUCUUCAAACAAUUCGACGCGUGUUUCGCCUCUACACGAGGCAUCCUUAGGAGAAGUUGACUCGCCAAACUCUUGGCUGAUUCAUUUCUCAAAACAUUUGGAUAAUUAUGGAUUUCCGCAAAAUAACGCCUACUUCAAUAUUUUUUUUAAAAUUAUGGAUCUGACCAAAGCCAUGAGUUUUUUAUCCUAGUCCCCUAGCAAGCUUAUUAAAUUGCGAGGAAACAUAAGUAAACCAAUCCCAGAACUGUCGAAGCCAUCUGUCGUUUUUCCGUUUCUGAUUAAUUUUCCUAUCAAACUUUUGGAGGUUUACAAAUUACAGUUAUUGAAGAGUAAUAUUAUCUUCUGUCAUUUUAAUUACCUGAAUGUGAUCCUCCUAAACGCUCCCGGGUUCCGUAACCGCCAAUACACACGCAAUAGUUAAUAAAUCGGUUUUAUAUAGCUCAGAUUUUAUUAUUUGACCCAACAAGUACCAGACAUUGGUCAAUUAGUGAAAUCCGACGUACUUAUUUACUCAAUACAACUGCAGCCUUAUACAAUAAUAGUUAUAAGUAUUUUUAUACAUUUUACCAUAUUCCUGGCGGGAACGGAACCCAGGAUAGACAAGUUUGAAUACAAUCACUACAGUGCCAUAGCCGAAAAGAAACCUCAGACUUAUAUUAGAUUUUUAUACCAAUACAAAUGGAUUUAAUUUUAAUAUAAAUAAAGCUGAUUAAGUAUACAGAGAUUAAAGAUGAUAUUUUAUACAUUUAUUGAAUAUUAUUAAUGUAACAUGAAAUAGAAUUAACGGUUUUAGUGUAUGCAGCUAAUGUUAUCAUUAAUAUUUUGUUAGAGAAGCGAGCGCUGGGUUGUAACCAAUGUUUUCAAUUAAUGUAUUGCAAAUAAAUUAUACCUGGGCUUAUGUAAAACAACAAUUGUACAAAAAAGGGAGUUGCCUUCAUUUAACACUUUUCAGCGGCAAUUGUGACAAACACACUUUUAAUUGAACAGUACUGUGUGAACUGUAAUAGUUACUGACUUUAAGAAUAACGCUUUCUAACGGCAAUAAAUACAAAAUUACUACAAAAGUUAAUUUGAGACAAAAAUUAGUCACAAUAUAAAUUACUUUUUUUGAUUAUACGCAAUGUUAAAAUACGGCAACACCCUCAAUGUUGUUUUAACCUCAUGACAUAUCAUAUUGUGUAGCCAGACGCAAAAAUAUACCCCAAAAUCGCGCAUAAUUUUCGCGCAGUGUAAUCUCAGGCUGUCUUGUUUGAAUUGCUCAUUGUUUCGUUACGUUUUGCUCAAUUCGUGUAACAGUAUGUUAAUUUUGUUAGUUUUAAUCGUGACUUAUUAUUGUACAUGUUCAUGAGAGCACGGUUCCGCUUUUCUUUUACUACUUAAGUGUUUGUCAGUGGGAUAUCGUUGUGCAAAGAAUGUAAUUUAUAAAAUAAAGUUCAGUUAAUAUUUUAAUGGGUUAAAACAAAAACUUAAUUAUCUUACACAGUUCAGUCAUAUUCAAUUCAGUUUCCGUAUCGAUUAAUGCAAAUAAUGUCUGCAAAAUCCUGUCCAAUAAUUUGAUUUACCAAAUGCAAUAUUUUUAAUAUCAAUUUAAUAAUUUGCGUUUUUUGCUAGACCCACUGGCAUUUAGUUAGGUUCUAUAUUUUCCUAGCGUAUGUAAUCUUUAUUUAUAACUUCCUUGGUCUUGAAGGACAUUCAAUUAUUGCCUUGACUGGUUAGCAUCUCGUGGAAUCAAAUUCCAUACAAAUAUCACGUUUCGCUUUAUAUUAUUGCACAUUUUAUAUAAUAAUUGAUUGAAAGUGAUUAACUUUUAUAUUUUUAAGCCCUUCCAUUAUAUGAGUGCAAGUUAAAUUACUAUUAGUUACAUACAACAAGGAGAGAAAAAGAUUGCAUUGAAAAUGUAUGUAUUGCGUUGUCGUACUUGCCCUUUGUUGUAUUAAAUACAAUAUUAUGUUAGUACCAUUGCUAAGCUUGGUAACAUUCGUUUAGUGUAGCAAUUUUAUUUUGCAAUAAAAAUGAGGGUAGGAUGUUAUUUACGUAUACGAUUACUUUGUGUGGAGGCAUCCCUGUUUGGCCGCACUUCAUAGAUUGUGCAUUCUCUUUCUUUAUAGUAGGAUUGCGCGUGGCGUUAUUAAAAAUUAAAAUUUAUCAUAAGGUAUUAGAAUAAUAUUUAAGCCACGCGCAUUAUUAAGAGGUACAAAUAAUGAUAAUCGCUUCACUCUUCCAGCCGUACUAAAUCUUUAUUUUAAAUCUAGAUGGCGUAUGCAUUAUAUUUACAAACAGAUGCAUUUAUUGUGAUCUCGCGGCAGUGGAAUAUCUAUAACUUUGUAAGUGUAAAAUAGUUUGGUCGAAAACAUGUAUGCCUAUACAUUUAUUUUUAAGAAAUCUUUCUGCUUUCUAAUGUUUUAAACAGCAUGUUAUUUUAUAUAUAUUAAUAUGCGGUUUCACGUACGUAUUUUAUUCGUCUUCGGAAUAUAUAGCCAGCACAAUUUAUUAAGAUGAUUAAGAGUGUGAAUUGUAAUCCAAAUUUAUAUUAUAGAUUCCGUAUUGUUUUAGACAGCCAUGUUAAGACAUUAGGUUAUGUAGUAACUUCUCGUUUGUUUAAAUAGUUGGCUACGAAUUAUUUUUUCUUAUGUCUUCCAUACGCCGUAGUGUUAUAUAUAUUCCAUUAUUAUUUUAUUUAGUCUAUUGUGUUAGAGAUUGGAUGUUCAUUUUAUACCUUACAAAUUAUUUUAACAAAGCAAUAAAUGAAAAAAUCAGUGCAAUACCAUAUUUGUCGGCGUUAUUAUUUCUAUAAUAAAUUUAAAUGCUUGUAUCAUAAGGUAAUGUAACAUAGGUUAUUAAGUGAAUAAUUGGUAGCCAACAUCUAGGGUGGCCUGUUUUUUUUUAAUUAGGUGUAACUUUUGGUGGUAACCGUCAUUUAUUACACUGCCACACUCGCCAACCGCUGUCACUUUUAUCUUAUUAUUAAAGUGAAUAAUUUUUAUUACAAUAGAGACUUGUUGAAACAGUUCCGCGAUAAAAUAAGUGUUGUUGAAUGUUUUUAUAAAAGAUGAAACGUAUUAGAUAUAUGAUCUUGUAGUCUGGAUUGGUUUUCUUGCAGAUUUUAUUAGCAGCCUCGAGGUGUUGCGGCGCCUAUUUGGCUUAUUUUUGCUACAAUACUUAUUUAAUACAUAAAUGUUUACUUAUACUGGGAUAGUUACAGACAGUUACAUAUUUUACAAGUUAUACAAUAGAUUUUAUAUAAGCCGUGAUAUUAUACAGAUUUAUUUAAAGCUCAAUGGGCGUCGCGACACUUAGACAAUGUUGAUUUUCAGUGAAAUGGGUGCUGUUACAUUAAUUGUACAUAUUAAUUAUAAUAUAAAAACAAUAGACUGGUAGUUAUUACAAGUUGUUAGGUUUCUACAGAAUAUCCCGGGAAUCUUGAGGCGCCGUUUGUUUGUUUUAUUUAAUUUCUUACUGUCUUCCAAUGUUUGUUGGGCCUGAGCAAUUUUUUAUUCAAUGUUUGUUUCAUUAGUUAUCGUAAUUAACGGACUAAAUCGUAAAUAAUGCUUUAACAUGAGAUGAAUAAUUAGAAUACGAAGUGGUACUUUGUACAUAGAGUUGUUCUGGUCAUUCAGUACCAAAAACGAAACGACACGAUCUAAAAAAACAAUUCAAAUAAUCCAUUAUAAUAACUAAAACAUUCAAAUUUCAAUGUUAAGAUAAUAAGAGUUUUUAUUUUGUCAUAUCUGAUCUUUUUUACUUACUCUAAAUUAAAACAUAAUGUCAGAAGAUGAAAAUCAAAAGUGAUAAAAUCCACGGCGAGUGGCAACACUGCUGUUUGACAGAUUUUGUAACUAUGAUAGUUUCAUAGGAGAACAACGGUGGGGCGAAUGUUAGUUCUUUCGUUGCCUCUCCUCCGGAAAUGCCGGUUCCCGGCUCGCCGCAUAGUUAUGUGGUUUCGAUUUUCGAAAUUAAUUUAUGUACAUUUCUUUAAUCGACCCUCUUACUGACGGUAAUGAAAAGCAUCACGAGGGAUAUGACUUCAACAAAGGAUGUUUUCUCGUGAAAAACCUAUAGUACGUUUAUAUUAAUAAAUUAACUGUUUCGCAUAUAAAAUCGAUAAUCGUUGCCACAUCGAUAAUCAAGGCCUUCCCAAAUGACGCCUCAAAAGUCCCCACACAGUGUUACAAUAGAAUAUAUUUUCUUACAAUCAGAUACACCGUAAUAGAGUAUAUAAUUGAUUUUAUACAAUACCAGAAUACAAGAUCGGACUUUUUACACAACAGAUUACAAACUUUUCUUUUUUUUCUCCAUAGACAAUUUUGUUUUUCUAAACAGUUGGUUGCGAAACGGUCACAAGAUCCAGGCGAAAAAUUUCAAGUUGGCAAUUAUUAUAAAAAAAAAGUUGUAAAUAUAUUUUCUAGUUCUUCCAAAAUGAUAUCAGUAUUAAAUACAAAAUUCAAUUCGGUUAGGUCAAAAGUGUAAGCUAUGUGUGAUCUUAUAGAAAAUUUGUAGUAUAUUUCGUUGUAAUUUCCUAUUUACUUUCACUUAUAUUAUUUUUGUUUAGGUUAUUGUAUUUUAAUUGAAUGUAUCUUGCCUAGAUUUGCAUUUAUAUUCGUUAUGUAUGCGUUUGAAGUUGAUACCGUCGUGUUUGUGUACACUAUUAUUAUUGAAUUAAGGGUUUUGUUUGUUUUUGUCAUUAAUAGCAGUAAAAUGUUGUAAAAAGUAAGCUCGUUGUAUUUUAUCAAAUAAACACUUUUAGUCCAACUGAAGCAAUA